UUUCUUUUAUCUUCUCCGAAUGUAAGAUUUUAGUUGUAAAUAAAAUAAGGUAUGGAUUUCCACGUAUUGGAACUUUUUAGCGGCAUUGGUGGCAUGCAUUAUGCAUUCAGAUCCGCUGCAGUUCCAGGCAAAGUGAUCGCUGCGAUGGAUAUCAACACAAACGCCAAUGCAGUAUACGCCCACAAUUUCCCAACAACUUCAGUGUGUAACAACAACAUACAAAGUUUAACACCUGAAAAAAUAGAAAAAUUGAAUGUAAAUAUGAUACUCAUGUCCCCACCCUGCCAACCACACACGAGAGUCGGUAAUCGCUUGGAUGUAGAUGAUAAUCGUUCGGACGGUCUGCAGCACAUCUGUAACUUGCUACCACUAUGUCAAGGCGUUCAAUAUAUACUUAUGGAAAAUGUAAAAGGAUUUGAAAUCUCAAAAGCACAUGAUCAAUUCCUUGAUGCGCUGCGUCUAGCAGGCUACCAAUGGCGAGAGUUCAUACUCUGCCCAACACAGUUUGGUAUACCAAAUUCUAGACGUCGCUAUUAUUGCUUAGCGCGUAAAAAGGAGUUUUGCUUUGAUGGCGGACACAUCUUAGAUGAUAUACCAAUAGAGUUUAGAAUGGGGGUGAUCGAUGGAAUGAUGAUUAGUAACUUACUACUGCCGGAUAACCUAAUCGGCCCAGAAUGUUAUUUACCAGAUAAAAUAUUGAGUAAGCGAGUGUGGUUAAUGGACAUCGUAACUGCGGAAGCAAGAAAGACAAUGUGCUUCACAAAGGCCUACACCUACUAUAGUGAAGGAACGGGCUCCAUUUAUUGUCCUUUGAAUAAAAAGGAAAUGGAUAUCGUUUUCGCAAAGGUCAAAGAAUUAGAACUAAGUGAAGAGUCAGAGGCUUUGCGUUUAGAACUACUUAAAAGUUUAAAAUUGCGAUAUUUUACCCCACGUGAGAUAGCAAGAUUGAUGAGUUUUCCAAAUACUUUUGAGUUCCCAACAGAAACUACAAAUCGUCAAAAAUAUCGAUUCUUAGGAAAUAGUAUAAAUGUACACGUUGUGGGUGUGUUAAUAAAAAUAUUGUGCUCCUGAA